CCAACUGCUCUAGGUUGCACAUGAGCAAAUUUUUCAUUACAGGUGCAAUUCCUAAAAGAUACAAACUGCUUAGCAAGCAAGCGGGAGAACCUGCCUGGCUCACAGAACAGAGUGUUCUGGCAGUCCCCGCAUGGUAGAGAGGGCCCACAAGCAGACAGCACGGUGCUGUUUACCCUGAAGAAGCAAGUGCGUGUGCUGGAAAGCGCUGACCACUCUAAUGGAUCGCAUGGAGCUGCAGAAAGUCAACAUCGAACUGGAUGAUCAGAGCAACAGUGGGGAAAGCCUUGAAGACAACUACACAGAGCUGGUGGAUUCAGAAAAGGCUGCAAUUAGGAGUCCAUUUGCUAGCGAUGAUGCAGAAAGUCAGAAGUUCCUUACAAAUGGAUAUCUGGGUAAAAAGAAAUUGGAAGAAUAUAAUGAAGAAUAUCACCGGGGCAGAGCUUCUUUUGGAAUGUCCUCGUUCAACCUCAGCAAUGCCAUUAUGGGCAGCGGUAUCUUAGGGCUCUCCUAUGCCAUGGCCAACACAGGAAUUAUCCUUUUCAUAGUUUUGCUGCUCAGCGUAGCCAUGCUGUCACUCUACUCAGUCCACCUCUUGCUGAAGAUAUCGAAAGAAGGAGGAUCACUAAUAUAUGAAAAACUGGGAGAAAAGGCAUUUGGCUGGCCUGGGAAGUGUGGUGUUUUCAUUUCAGUUACAAUGCAGAACAUUGGAGCAAUGUCAAGUUACCUCUUUAUUAUUAAAUAUGAACUUCCCGAAGUAAUCAGAGCAUUUCUGAAACUCGAAGAGAGUUCUGGAGAAUGGUACCUAAAUGGGAACUACCUCAUCAUACUAGUAACAGUUGCAGUUAUUCUUCCUCUCUCCCUUCUAAAGAGUUUAGGUUAUCUUGGUUAUACGAGUGGUUUUUCGCUGACCUGUAUGGUUUUCUUUGUCAGUGUGGUAAUCUUCAAGAAAUCCCAAAUACCUUGUCCUCUCCCCAUCAUGGACCAUGGGCUUGGAAACUGGACUGCCAACAACAACACAGUGCCAGCACACCUGAUCAUGUUACCAAAUGAGUCUUUCAGUUCUGGUGUGAAUUUCAUGAUGGACAACACAGCUGGGCACUUGCCAGGCCUUGAGGAGCCAAAAGAUACCUCUCCCAGAAGUGGCGUGGAAUAUGAAGCACACAGUGACAGUAGUGAUAUGUGUCAGCCAAAAUACUUUGUAUUCAACUCACGGACUGCCUAUGCAAUACCCAUCCUGGCAUUUGCAUUCGUAUGCCACCCUGAGGUGCUACCAAUAUACAGUGAACUGAAAGAUCGCUCCCGAAGACGGAUGCAGAAUGUCUCAAAUAUCUCCAUCACUGGCAUGCUUAUCAUGUACCUUCUGGCUGCGCUCUUUGGAUACCUUACCUUCUACGGAGAAGUUGAAGAUGAGCUACUUCAUACAUACACCAAAGUGUACACUUUUGAUGCGCUUUUGCUGUCAGUUCGUUUGGCAGUGCUGGUGGCUGUAACCCUGACAGUGCCCCUUGUUCUUUUCCCUAUCCGUUCAUCUGUCAGUGCACUGCUGUUUCCUAAAAGGCCGUUCAGCUGGAUAAGACAUUUCCUGAUUGCAGCAGUAAUUCUUGCUUUUAAUAACCUGCUUGUAAUUUUUGUCCCAACGAUUAAAGACAUCUUUGGAUUUAUUGGUGCGUCUUCUGCUACACUGCUGAUUUUCAUCCUCCCUGCUGCCUUCUACUUGAGGCUUGUUGAAAAGGAGCCCCUGAGGUCUCCCCAGAAAAUCGGGGCUCUAAUUUUUCUCAUAGUUGGCAUAAUCUUCAUGAUUGUGAGUAUGACUCUUAUUGUAAUGGACUGGAUUUACAAUCCCCCAAGUUCCAGACAUCACUAACCUGUGGAGACAACUGAGUGCUUUUUAUACAAUAAAUAUUUGUAUUGUGUGCUCCAAAGGACACCUAAAUGGGACUGUUAUUCCUAGCUAGUAACUGCAGUAUUUUGAAGACAGUUUCUGGUAAGGUCACUAGAACCCAAUGGAGUCUGUGUCAUCAUUUCCACUAAGGAUCGUUCUUUAUGCAUUAGGAACCUGAACUUAGCAUUUCUGGCCAGGUGAAAUGAAACGUGUGGUGUGGAUGCUUUCUGUUUUCAAAACCAAAAUAACUGUGUACAUAGUCCUCACAAAUAGAUUGGUGUUACCCUUUUCAAACUUCUCCAUCAUGCUAACAUCUGCAGUUCCUAUAGCCCUGGAAAGGCAAUGACCAGAAAACCAGCUAGGGCCUUGUUUUCUUUCUGAAGCUCGGGAGUGGCUGCCCAGGUCCAAGAGAAAGGGUACAGUUUCUGUAGGGAAUCUGAAAGGUGACUGCUCCCUACCAACCUAUCAGAAAGAUGAUGGCUUUGACAAGCCAGUGGACAAAGCCAAGCAUCAGAUUUGUUGCCCAAAUUCAUCACCCUUUGCAGGUGACGGCUGUCGUCAGAAUAAAGCUCUCUGGCACAGACUCUGUGCUGGGAUGUGUGCUUGAAGAACAGUUGAGCAUUCAUGUUUUGUUGUUAAAGAUGCCUGUGCUGGAAACGUCAGGCAUUUCUGCUGUGGGGUUUUUGGUUUCCUUUACUUUUUUAAUUCUUGUGUGAGCUUGUAUAACUGAACAAGUUCCAUCCUCCAUAGAAACUUGUCUUCCAUUCUCAUGGGAAUUUAACGAGACCACAAGGUGUGGCAAAGCACCCUGUCCAGUAUUGUUCAGUACUUGUGUAUCUGAUAAAUGUUCAGUGCAGGAAACUGUAAUUUGCUAUAUAUAAAAAUAUAUGUAUUUAUGUACCUUUUUUUUUGUUUUGUUUUCCUCUAGUUAUAAAAACAUUACCCUGUGGUAAAUGAUUUUUGAAAAUUUUUGUGUGUCACUGUUUUCAUAGCCACACAAUAUUGUUUUGAAGAAAACAUAUUGGAUUAGUGGGUUUGUAGAAGGUUUAUUUUUAUUCAGCAGUUUUUGAAAUAUACCUGUAGCAAGCUCUGUUACCGGCGUAAAACAGAUGCAGAUGUUUACUACUUAUGUUACAACAAUUUGUGAGAUGUUUUCCUCUUGAGAAGUUUUAAUACUUGCCCUCAAAGUUCUGUAUUGCCAUUGUACACCAUAAAUUUGGGUAACUUGCUCGGUUGCUGUACCUUAGCUUGUCUAUGCAUAUGCUUGCAUUCAACAACAUACAUAAAGCUAAGGUAUGCAAAGGAAAAGACAUUACUGACAAUCUCAAGUGUAUCAUGCUAUGCAGCUGUGCAAGAAAGAAAGAAAAGGUGAAGUUCUGUGUUAUAUGGAUGCUUAAUUAACACUCAGUGCCCUCCAGACUGUGAUUCUGGCUCUGCUGUGGAGUACCCACUACAUAUGCUCUCUGUACACACCAGGGAAAAAUAGUCAGAGAAGUCACGGUAGCUCCAUUGCAGAGGGAAUGCGUGGGAAGGUGCGACUAUUGGUUUUAACACGCUUACACAAAUCCAGCCUGGUGUAACUGGAGUUUGCAUUUUCCAACCUAGAAAUCUGUGGAGUACACACCUGCGAACUUGGAAAACCAUAAAGCACACAAAAGUUGUCUCUGCUCACUCCUGUGUGCAUGUGCGUGUGUAUAAAUGUGUGUGUGUUUAACUGUGUGCAUACUUAGAGGUGAGUUGGAAAAGCAUAUCAAACAUAUAUUCCAUGCCAACUAAUAUCUUUCUGAGCAGUAUUUUAUGCUCAUCUGAGUACUGUAUCCUUAAUAUACUGGGGCACACUUCCUCAUAAAUAUUUUGCAUUUAUAAAAGGAAAAGGUGCUAAUAAUCUUUUGCUCUGUUCUAAGCAGACUAAUACAAAAUAUGCUGCAUUAUUACUGAAGAGACCUUUAACACGGACUAGAGUUAAUAGUAACACACCCACACCUCUCUCUUCCUGUUACCAUUACUGAGUUACAUGUGGAGAAGAACUGAGUGGUAACUGCAUCUUUGGUUCAGAUCAAAAGCGCAUACAGUGACUGCAGCUGCGUGUAGAGACUUAGGAAUUCACAUAGCCCACCUAAAACAUAGGUGACCUCAAGAAAAGUAACAGAAAAACUAUGGAACAAUGGCAUAACUUGCUGCCUUUUUAUGGCACAAAACUGUUGGUGUCCAAAGUAGAUGUCCAGAGUCUGUAAAAUGUCAUUUUUUCAAGUCAAAAUAUGUUGGUCACAGCAAUAUGCAGCUGUUGUGCACACUGAGAGUAAGAGUAGUAUUGCACACUAACUUAUUAGCACUGCUGGGAAUAGUGGAUGUUGGAGUUUCUUGUUUGUUUUGUAAUGUUAACAAUAGGCCUUGUGAGGAUUUUUAUUACAAAAUCAUCCAUGGAUGUAUAAUAAAUGAACUUUUCAAAGAGUGUAGAUCUUUUUUUUUUUCUUCUGUUUUAGUGUAGCAGGAGAAUGAUUUAUUUUUUUUUUUUUUUUAAUCAAGCAGAGUGGAACAGCUGAAGAGUCAAAAAGGUAGCCUUAACAUGAGCAUCACUGAAACUGCAUUCCCUUUUAAAAGAGAAAUUUGUGUAUAUAUAUAUCUGCAGAGGAGCAAGAUGGCAGCCCCUUCAUAUAAUAACCCUUUUGCAUACCCUAUUUUGUAUCUAUUCCUGGAGCAGCAUAGACAUCACCAUGUAGAGAAUGGUUGGCAUUAAAAGUGGGGUUAUCUGC